UUUCACUUUAGGGCAGAGUUUUAGCUUCUGAUUAUUUUUCAGAAACUUGAAUUAUGUAAUAUGGUGAAUAAUCUUUCAUUUUGACAGAUUUGUGCAAAACUAGUUUGGUAAAGUUUUUGCUGUAUCCUAGAACUCAUAAAGGAUCUGGUUCCUUGCUUCUCCUCCUCCUUCGUCUUCCACAUCAUACUUUUUUCUGUCAGGAUUUCCCUAUGCCUCGUGAUCGCUGCUGCUCUCUUUCUCGCCCUCCCUUUAGCUAUUUCUUCCAGUGAUUGCACAGUUGCAGGCAGUAAAAAGCGGGUUUUGAUCGGGAUUUCGAGUAGCCUUGUGAUGAUUUUGAGUUGGAGAGAUUGAAUGUAGAGAAGAAAGUUUGAUUUCUGAUGCAAAUUUGAUGGAUUAAUGGUGGAAUUGUAGAGUCGCAGUCGUUUAUCGGAGUUAACUACGGCGAGGUGGCGGACAAUCUCCCGCCACCGGCGGCGACGGCGCAGCUCCUCCAGUCGACCACCAUCUCCAAGGUCCGCCUCUACGGCGCGAACCCUAAUAUUCUCCGCGCGCUCGCCUGCACUGGCAUCUCCGUCGUCAUCGGCGCCUCAAAUGGCGACAUCCCCGCCCUGGCCUCCGACCCAAUGGCCGCCGCCAACUGGGUCUCCGCCAACGUACUCCCCUUCCACCCCGCCACCUCCAUCUCCCUCGUCGCUAUCGGAAACGAGGCCUUCAGCUCCGGCGACUCAGCGCUCGCAGCUCAGCUCCUCCCGGCGAUGCAGAACCUCCGCACCGCCCUCGUCGCCGCCUCCCCCUCCACCGCCGGCAUCAAGGUUUCAACCGUCAACAUCAUGUCGGUACUCGCCAGCUCCGAGCCUCCUUCCUCCGGCGCCUUUCACGCCGACGUCCUCCCCGCGCUUAAGGGCGUCCUCGCCUUCUUAGAUGAUACGGCGAGCCCCUUCAUGAUCAAUCCUUACCCUUACUUCGCGUACCAGAGCGACCCGCGGCCGGAGACGCUCGCCUUCUGCCUCUUCCAGCCCAACGCCGGGCGGCACGACGCCGGAUCGGGGGCGACAUACAUGAACAUGUUCGACGCGCAGGUGGACGCGGUGAGGGCGGCAAUCGCAGCGGCGGGAUUCCCGGGGGUAGAGAUCUUGGUGGCGGAGACUGGUUGGCCAUACAAGGGAGACACAGGGGAAGAGGGGGCGACGGUGGAGAACGCUCAGGCGUACAAUGGCGGCCUGGUGGCGCACCUGCGUUCCCUCGCCGGAACGCCAGCGGCACCGGGGAAGUCAGCGGACACCUACAUCUUCGCGCUCUACGACGAGGAUCUCAAGCCCGGGCCGACCUCCGAGCGCUCUUUCGGCCUCUACCGCCCCGACCUCACGCCCACCUACGACGUAGGCCUCGCCAAGUCUUCCGCCGCCCCCGGCGCCCCUGCUUCCCAGGGAAACUCGUCGACGACGGCGCCGUCGCCGAAGAGGUCGGAGGGGAAGAGGUGGUGCGUGCCGAAACAGGGGGCAACGGAGGCGGAGCUGCAGGCGAGCCUGGAUUAUGCUUGUGGGCAGCCAGCGGUGGACUGCGGUCCGAUCCAGGAAGGAGGGGCGUGCGAAGAUCCGAACACCGUCCGAUCGCACGCAGCGUACGCGAUGAACGAGUUCUACCAGGUGUCCGCCCGCAACGCCGGGGACUGCGACUUCGGCGGCUCCGCCGUCCUCACCACCGACAACCCGAGUUACUCCAAGUGUGUGUACAAUGGAGGCCAAUGAGAAGAAGGUGA